GUAAUUUACCCUAAAAAAAAAAAAAAAACCAUUUUCCAACUUUUCUUUUAAACGAAAAACGACACUGCGAUUCUAAUCUUUCUCUUCCAGUACGUGGUUAACAUAACGAACCUCCGAGAUCCGAUCCCAAUCGUUUCAUCACCAUGUCUAGCUCUGCAAUCAUUGCGGCGCAUUCUAGCUCUUGGGCUGCAGCACUCGUUAGGAUCUCUCCAUACACCUUUUCCGCAAUCGGAAUCGCCGUCUCAAUCGGUGUCUCCGUUCUCGGCGCUGCUUGGGGAAUUUACAUCACCGGUAGUAGCUUGAUCGGUGCUGCAAUCAAAGCUCCCAGAAUCACUUCCAAAAAUCUCAUUAGUGUAAUCUUCUGUGAAGCUGUUGCUAUAUAUGGUGUUAUUGUGGCUAUUAUCCUGCAGACAAAAUUAGAAAGCGUUCCAAAAGCAAGUAUCUAUGAACCAGAAUCUCUUAGAGCUGGAUAUGCAAUCUUUGCUUCUGGACUUAUCGUGGGCUUCGCAAAUCUUGUUUGCGGGUUGUGUGUAGGAAUAAUCGGAAGCAGCUGCGCAUUGUCUGAUGCUCAGAACUCCUCUCUCUUUGUGAAAAUUCUUGUGAUCGAGAUCUUCGGCAGCGCGCUUGGCCUAUUUGGAGUUAUUGUUGGAAUUAUUAUGUCAGCUCAAGCAACAUGGCCCUCAAAAUUUUAGUUGUCUUGUAUCAUCAGUGUGUGGGAAUGCGAUUACGGUAGAGCACACUAUGUUUUGUGUAUUGUCAGCGAUUUAGUCUUCUCUGCUUAUCUCUUUUGGCAGGAAUGUAAAAACCAACAUGAUAGCUUGCAUCCGUUACAACCGUAGGCUGUAUUAUCUAUCUACCAAUGAGUUGUUAUAGAAGGGCCUCUAUGUCAGAUAUAUCAGUCUGUUGAUUGAAUUUUAGUAUUUUUGAAAGUACUAAAUCAUCGAUGUUUAUUCAUUUAUAAAUAAAAAUGUGAAUUUAUUUGGGUUC